ACCUCCUCGUCCUGCCGUCUGUCCUGCUGCCGUCUGUCCUCUGUCGCUGCGCCGCCGGGCAGGGAGGGUGGUGCGUACAGGAGGGUGGUGCAUUCAGGAGGGUGGUGCAUACAGGAGGGUGGUGGGGAUGAACGGAGCACUGAGCACUCAGCAGACAGAGAGUGAAAGGGACAGACAGACAGAGAGAAGGACAGACGGAGAGAGAGAGAGAGAGGGACAGACAGACCGAGGGAGUGAGAGACAGAGAGAGAGAGAGAGAGAGAGACAGAGAGAGAGAGGGACAGACAGACAGAGGGAGUGAGAGAGAGACAGAGAGAGAGAGAGUGAGAGAGACUGAGAGAAACAGAGACAGGGACAGACAGACAGAGGGAGUGAGAGAGAGAGUGAGAGAGAGAGAGAGAGAGAGAGAGAGAGAGAGAGAGAGAGAGAGAGAGAGAGAGGGACAGACAGACAGACAGACAGAGGGAGAGAGAGAGAGAGAGACAUGCAGCUGAGUCUGCAGUAAGACUGCUCCGGUCACCAGAGAGGAGAGCGAUCGUGUUCCUAUCCCUCCUGCGUCGGGACGUCCUGGACCAGAGGCUCCUGGUUGUGCGCUGACACCAUGGAGCUACAGAGUCCCCUCUCCCCCACGCCCGACUACCCGGGCCCUCUGGCCCCCGCCGGCCUGGGCCCCUCCCCGGCACACAGCCCCUGCAGGAGCCCCACGGCCGGCUCGACCCCGUCGGCCUUCAGCUACGCCCAGCUGGAGGGCCGCUUCAAACAACUGCAAGAUGAGCGGGAGGCAGUCCAGAAGAAGACCUUCACUAAGUGGGUGAACUCCCACCUCUCCAGGGUUUCCUGCCGCAUCACAGACCUCUACCUCGACCUGCGCGAUGGACGCUCCCUCAUCAAGCUCCUGGAGGUGCUGUCUGGGGAGCGGCUGCCUAAGCCCACCAAGGGCCGCAUGCGCAUCCACUGCCUGGAGAACGUGGACAAGGCGCUGCAGUUCCUCAAGGAGCAGCGCGUCCACCUGGAGAACAUGGGCUCCCACGACAUCGUCGACGGCAACCAACGCCUCACGCUGGGCCUCAUCUGGACCAUCAUCCUCCGCUUCCAGAUCCAGGACAUCAGCGUGGAGACAGAAGACAACAAGGAGAAGAGAUCUGCUAAAGAUGCCCUUCUGCUCUGGUGCCAGAUGAAGAGCGCUGGGUAUCCCAACGUCAACAUCCAUAACUUUACCACCAGCUGGAGAGACGGCAUGGCCUUCAACGCCCUCAUCCACAAACACAGACCGGACCUGAUAGACUUUGACCGACUGAAGAAGUCCAACGCCCACCACAACCUGCAGAACGCCUUCAACCUGGCGGAGCAGCACCUGGGCAUCACCAAGCUGCUGGACGCCGAGGACAUCAGCGUGGACCACCCGGAUGAGAAGUCCAUCAUCACCUACGUGGUGACUUACUACCACUACUUCUCCAAGAUGAAGGCCCUGAAGGUGGAGGGGAAACGCAUCGGAAAGGUCUUGGACAACGCUCUGGAGUCCCAGAAAAUGAUCGAUAAGUACGAGGGUCUGUCCUCCGACCUGCUGGAGUGGAUUGAACAGACCAUAAUAAUCCUCAACAACCGCAAGUUCGCCAACUCUCUGGUGGGCGUCCAGCAGCAACUACAGGCCUUCAACUCCUACCGCACAGUGGAGAAGCCCCCCAAGUUCACAGAGAAGGGGAACUUGGAGGUCCUUCUGUUCACCAUCCAGAGCCGGAUGAGGGCCAACAACCAGAAGGUGUACACCCCCCGCGAGGGCAAGCUCAUCUCUGACAUCAACAAGGCCUGGGAGCGGCUGGAGAAGGCGGAGCAUGAGCGGGAGCUGGCCCUGAGGACGGAGCUGAUUCGCCAGGAGAAACUGGAGCAGCUGGCGAGACGCUUCGACCGCAAGGCGGCCAUGAGGGAGACCUGGUUGAGUGAGAACCAGAGACUGGUUUCCCAGGAUAACUUUGGCUUCGACCUCCAGGCGGUGGAGGCCGCCACUAAGAAGCACGAGGCCAUAGAGACGGACAUCGCUGCGUACGAGGAGCGAGUGAAGGCGGUGGUUUCCGUGGCGAGGGAGUUGGAGGCGGAGUCGUACCACGACCUGAAGCGCGUGUCGGCCAGGAAGGACAACGUGCUGCGGCUGUGGGAGUACCUCCUGGAGCUGCUGAAGGCGCGCCGGCAGCGGCUGGAGCUCACCCUGGGCCUGCAGCACGUCUUCCAGGAGAUGCUGCACAUCAUGGACUGGAUGGACGAGAUGAAGAUGCUGCUGCUGUCCCAGGACUAUGGGAAACACCUCCUCGGGGUGGAGGAUCUCCUCCAGAAGCACAGCCUGGUGGAGACGGACAUCUCCGUCCAGGCCGACCGCGUCCGCUCCGUCAACAACAACGCCCAGAAGUUUGCCGAGGACUCGGAGGGCUACCAGCCCUGCGACCCCCAGGUGAUUCGGGACCGCGUGGCCCACAUGGAGUUCUGCUACCAGGAGCUGAGCCAGCUGGCGGCCGAGCGCCGAGCCCGGCUGGACGAGUCCCGGCGCCUCUGGAGCUUCUUCUGGGAGAUGGCCGAGGAGGAGGGCUGGAUCCGGGAGAAGGAGCAGAUCUUGUCGUCGGAGGACUGUGGGAAGGACCUGACGGGGGCGGUGCGGCUGCUCAGCGGCCACCGCGCCCUGGAGGACGAGACGGCGGGCCGGGCCGCCCACCUGGCCGCCACCGUCCGCCAGGGGGAGGCGCUGGUGGCCGACGGACACUUCGGAGCCGACAAGAUCAAAGAACGCAUCCAGGACAUCCAGGAGCAGUGGGCCGCCCUGGAGAAUCUGUCUGCACUGCGGAAGAAGAGCCUGCAGGACGCAUGCAACAAACACCAGUUCCAGGCGGAUGCCGACGACAUGGACACCUGGAUGCUGGACGUCCUGCGCAUCGUGUCCAGCGUGGACGUGGGCCACGACGAGUUCUCCGCUCAGGCGCUGGUGAAGAAACACAAAGACGCCGCCGAGGAGAUCGCCAGCUACAGGCCCGCCAUCGCCUCUCUGCACGAGCAGGCCCGCACGCUGCCCGGCCCACAGGCCGCCGCCCCCGAGGUGGCGGGCCGGCUGGCGGGCAUCGAGGAGCGGUACCAGGAGGUGGUGGAGCUGAGCCGGCUGCGGAGGCAGGCGCUGCAGGACGCGCUGGCCCUCUACCGGCUGCGCAGCGAGGCGGGCUCCUGCGAGGCCUGGAUCGAGGAGAAGGAGCAGUGGCUGAGCAGCAUGGAGAUCCCCGAGCGGCUGGAGGACCUGGAGGUGGUCCAGCACAGGUUCGAGAGCUUGGAGCCGGAGAUGAACAGCCAUGCGUCUCGCGUUGCCGUAGUGAACCAGGUCGCUAGGCAACUGCUCCACAGCGGCCAUCCCACUGAGACGGAGAUCAAGGCCCAGCAGGACAAACUCAACACCAGGUGGAGCUCCUUCAGAGACCUGGUAGACCAGAAGAAGGAGGCCCUCCAGUCAGCGCUGGGCAUCCAGAACUACCACCUGGACUGUAACGAGACGAAGUCCUGGAUCAGAGAGAAGACAAAGGUGAUCGAGUCCACCCAGGAGCUGGGGAACGACCUGGCCGGGGUGAUGGCUCUGCAGAGGAAGCUGACGGGGAUGGAGCGAGACCUGGCCGCCAUCGAGGACAAGCUGGGCGGCCUGGGCACGGAGGCGGAGCGGCUGGCCACCCAGCACCCGGAGCAAGCCCAGGGCAUCCGGGCCCAGGUGGUGCAGCUCUCCUCCGUCUGGGACGAGAUGAAGGACACUCUGAAGACCAGGGAGGAGUCUCUGGGCGAGUCCAGCAAGCUGCAGCAGUUCCUGCGGGAGCUGGACGACUUCCAGUCGUGGCUGUCCCGCACGCAGACGGCGGUGGCGUCGGAGGACAUGCCCCACACGCUGGUGGAGGCCGAGAAGCUGCUGGCGCAGCACGAGGGCAUCCACAACGAGAUCCGCAACUACGAGGAGGACUACCAGAAGAUGAGGGACAUGGGCGAGGCGGUGACGCAGGGACAGACGGACGCGCAGCACAUGUUCCUCCGGCAGCGACUGCAGGCGCUGGACACCGGCUGGAACGAGCUGAGCAAGAUGUGGGAGAACCGGCAGAACCUGCUGGCCCAGUCGCACUGCUACCAGACGUUCCUCAGAGACACCAAGCAGGCCGAGGCCUUCCUCAACAACCAGGAGUACGUCCUGGCGCACACGGAGAUGCCGGCCACGCUCCAGGGGGCGGAGGCCUCCAUCAAGAGGCAGGAGGACUUCCGCACCACCAUGGACGCCAACGAGGACAAGAUCGUGGGCGUGGUGGAGGGGGGGCGCCGCCUGGUCGACGACGGCAACGUCAACGGCGAGCGCAUCCAGGAGAAGGUGGACUCCAUCAACCAAAGGCACCAGAAGAACCAGGGUUCUGCUACUGACCUUCUGAUCAAGCUGAAGGACAACCGAGAUCUCCAGAGGUUCCUCCAGGACAGUCAGGAGCUGGCUCUGUGGGUGAAUGAGAAGAUGCUGACGGCCCAGGAUAUGACCUAUGACGAGGCCAGGAACCUGCACAGCAAGUGGCUCAAACACCAGGCCUUCAUGGCCGAGCUGCAGGCCAACAAGGAGUGGCUGGAGAAGAUAGAGAAGGACGGACUGGUCCUGAUCGCGGAGAAGCCGGAGACAGAGAAUAUGGUACAUGAGCAGCUGGGCACCCUGCAGACCAUGUGGGCGGAGCUGGAGUCCACCACCCAGACCAAGGCCCAGUGUCUGUUCGACGCCAACAAGGCGGAGCUCUUCACCCAGAGCUGUGCGGACCUGGACAAGUGGCUGGGCGGCCUGGAGGGCCAGAUCCAGUCCGACGACUACGGCAAAGACCUCACCUCCGUCAACAUCCUGCUGAAGAAGCAGCAGAUGCUGGAGUCCCAGGUGGAGGUGCGUGAGCGGGAGGUGGGGGAGCUGCAGGGGCAGGCCCAGGCGCUCCGUCAGGAGGGGAAGGACGGCGAGGAGGUGGACGGCCAGCGCGACGGCGUGGAGAAGAAGUUCAUGGCUCUGCAGGCACCGCUGAAGAAGAGGAGGGAGAACCUAAUGGCCUCCCGGGAGAUCCACCAGUUCAACAGAGACGUGGAGGACGAGAUCCUGUGGGUGGAGGAGAGGAUGGCCCUCGCUACGUCCACCGACCACGGGAACAACCUGCAGACCGUCCAGAUGCUCAUCAAGAAGAACCAGACCCUGCAGAAAGAGAUCGCAGGCCACCAGCCGCGCUACGACGACAUCUUCCAGCGGAGCCAGCAGGUGGUCCGGGGCGACGGCCCCUCCGCCCAGCUCACGCGGCAGCGCUUGGACCAGCUGAAGUCGCUAUGGCAACAGAUGCGGGAGGAGACGGAGCGGAGGCACGGCCGGCUGGAGGAGGCGCGCCACGCCCAGCAGUACUUCUUCGACGCAGCGGAGGCUGAGGCCUGGAUGAGCGAGCAGGAGCUCUACAUGAUGUCAGAGGAGAGGGCCAAGGACGAGCAGAGCUCGGUUGCCAUGGUGAAGAAGCACCAGAUCGUGGAGCAGGCGGUGGAGGACUACGCCGACACAGUUCACCUGCUGUCCCAGACCAGCCGGGGGCUGGUGGCCCAGGGCCACCCCGAGAGCGAGCGCAUGGGCAUGCGGCAGGCCCAGGUGGACAAGCUGUACGCCGGUCUGAAGGACCUGUCUGAGGAGCGCCGCGGGAAGCUGGACGAGCGCUUCCGCCUCUUCCAGCUGAACCGCGAGGUGGACGACCUGGAGCAGUGGGUGGCCGAGAGGGAGGUGGUGGCCGGCUCCCACGAGCUGGGCCAGGACUACGAGCACGUCACCAUGCUGCAGGAGCGUUUCCGGGAGUUUGCCCGCGACACGGGGACGAUCGGCCAGGAGCGCGUGGACGCAGUGAACCGGCAGGCGGACCAGCUGAUCAACGGCGGGCACGGCGACGCAGCCACGGUGGCGGAGUGGAAGGACGGGCUGAACGAGGCCUGGGCCGACCUGCUGGAGCUCAUCGACACGCGCACGCAGAUCCUCGCCGCCUCCUUCGAGCUGCACAAAUUCUACCACGACGCCAAGGAGAUCCUGGGCCGCAUCCUGGACAAGCACAAGAAGCUGCCCGAGGAGCUGGGCCGCGACCAGAACACCGUGGAGACUCUGCAGAGGAAGCACUGCACCUUCCAGCACGACAUCCAGGCCCUGGGGACGCAGGUGAGGCUGCUGCAGGAAGACGCCGUGAGGCUGCAGUCGGCCUACGCUGGAGACAAGGCCGACGACAUCCAGAAGAGAGAAGGAGAGGUUCUGGAGGCGUGGCAGAACCUGCUGGAGGCGGCUGAGGGCCGCAGGGUGCGGCUGGCGGACACCGGGGACAAGUUCCGCUUCUUCAGCCUGGUGAGAGACCUGCUGCUGUGGAUGGAGGACGUCAUCCGGCUGAUCCUGAACCAGGAGAACCCGAGGGAUGUCUCCUCGGUGGAGCUGCUGAUGAACAACCAUCAGGGCAUCAAGGCAGAGAUUGACGCGCGUAACGACAGCUUCACCUCCUGCAUCGAGCUGGGGAAGACCCUGCUGGCCCGCAAGCACUACGCCUCAGAGGAGAUCAAAGAGAAGCUGUUACAGUUGACGGACAAGAGGAAGGACAUGAUUGACAAGUGGGAGGACCGGUGGGAGUGGCUAAGAUUGGUUCUGGAGGUGCACCAGUUCUCGCGGGACGCGGGCGUGGCGGAGGCCUGGCUGCUGGGCCAGGAGCCCUACCUGUCGGGCCGGGAGGUGGGCCAGAGCGUGGACGAGGUGGAGAAGCUCAUCAAGAGGCACGAGGCCUUCGAGAAGUCCGCCGCCACCUGGGAGGAGCGCUUCUGCGCCCUGGAGAGGCUGACCACGAUGGAGUUACUGGAAGUGAGAAGAAGCCAAGAGGAAGAAGAGAGGCGGAGGCAAGCUGCUGAGGCUCCGCCCACAGAGGAGGCAGAGACACAGCAGAAGGAGAUCGAGGUAGAAGAGAAUGGUUUCCCCAGUGAGCAGGACUCUCCCAGGGGCGACGGGGAGGUGGUGAACGGGGGCUCUGAGCCAAGCCCUGUAGGGUCUCCCGGGGACGGUCGCAAGGGCCAGGCUGCUACGCUUCCCGCCAAAACGCAGCUGGCCCCGCCCCCCUCGCAGCUGGAGGGUUAUCUGCACCGCAAGCAUGAGUGGGAGGGGCCUAAUAAGAAGGCUUCUAGCAGGUCCUGGCACCAUGUGUACUGCGUACUGAACCAGGGAGAGCUGGGCUUCUAUAAGGACCAGCGCAGCGCGGUGCAGGGGCUGCCGUACCACGCCGAGGUCCCGGUGCGGCUGCAGGGGGCCCUCGGCGACGUGGCCCUGGACUACAAGAAGAAGAAACAUGUCUUCAAACUCAAAUUGAUGGACGGUAACGAGUAUCUGUUCCAGGCCAAAGACGAAGAGGAGAUGUCCUCGUGGAUCUCUGCGGUGGCAUCAGCAUGCGCCCCGCCCCCCGGGGGUCUUGAGGUGACCCCCAGCAGCCAUAGCACGCCCGCCGCCACCGCACGCGCUCAGACGCUCCCGGCCUCGGUCGCCAUAGCAGCAGAGUCCAGCCCGGGCAAGAGGGAAAAGGACAAGGAGAAGCGCUUCAGUCUGUUCAGCAAGAAGAAGUAGAGCUCCUCCUCUCCCCUCCUCCUCCUCCUCCCUCUCCUCCUCCUCCCCCUCCUCUCCCCUCCUCCUCCUCCUCCCCCUCCUCUCCCCUCCUCCUCCUCUAAGCAGAGUGCGAAUCCAUCAAAGCUCCAAACUGCAUCACUUCCUGUUCGGCUUUCGACACGUCCCUUCUUCCUGUUUUCCAGAUGAGGACCUGGAUGAAGACACUGAAGGAUGUGACGAUGGAGGAGCCUCCAAUACUUCAUGAAUUACCUGUUGUGUAGUAUGAUCAAUAUUAUGAUUAUGAUUCUUAUUAUUCUAUUCCUCUUGAUGCUGAUUGUCUGUGUUGCUUUGGUGAUGGUGGUCAUGAAGAAGAGCUACGUCACCUGGUCCUCAGGGAGGGGUGGUGUAGGGCGAUGGAGAGGGGGCAGUAGAGUGUUGACCUGUGGUGCUUUAAACUGUCAGUAGAGGCUGUGUAAACAAUAACUAACUAACAUGCUCCUAUAAUAUAAAAAUAAUAAUAUAAUAACUCGACCACUACUACUAAGAACUCCGGGUUGAAGAGGCUGCAUUCUGGUUUUCUAAAGACGUAAAUACACUUCAAUGUUUAACAAUCUAAGAUGAGGCAGUAGGAUCCAUAAGACUCGGUAUAUAUUGGAUUAUUUUAUUUGAAACAUACAAUUCUGCCCUUAGUUAUUUCAAUGAUUGUUUUCCUAGAAUAAGUAUUUAGAGUUGAUAUGUUUCAUGUUUCUUUAGAUGGGCUUCACGUGCUUCUGUUUGAUAAAGAUAGCGCGCUUUCCUCUGUCACUGUAACUAUAGCAACACGAUAUGUCUACAUUGCACAAUCAAUGCCACGU